AUGCCUCGCCUCUUCCAGUCAUUCCUCUCCCUCGCCGCCCUCGCCGCCCUCGCGCGCGCGGCGCCCGCCCCGCUCUUCGGCAUCAACUUCAGCUCCGGCGACGAGAGCGACGACGCGACCGCCCCGUUCUCCCAGGACGACAUCGUGAGCACCCUCACCCGGCCCGCCGAGUUCGCGCGCGCCGUCUACUGCUCGACCGGCAUCGCGGACCUCUCCUGCGGCGGCCCGUGCGACGCCCUCGGCGCGAACGUCAAGAUCCUCGCGAACGGCGGCGACGGCGCCUCGACGCCCUUCUUCCUCGUCGCGUCGGACUCGGACGCGCAGACGAUCUUCGUCGCGCACCAGGGCACCGAGGCGAAGCAGGUGCUCUCGGUCGCGAACGACGUCAAGUUCGUGCAGAAGGACGCGAACGCGACGCUCUUCCCGCAGGCCUCCGCCGACGUGCAGCUCCACGACGGCUUCCAGGAGGCGCAGGGCCGCACCGCGGACGCCGUGCUCGCCGCCGUCACCCAGGCGCUCGCCGACACCGGCUUCAAGAGCGUGAUGGUCACCGGGCACUCGCUCGGCGCCGCGAUCGCGACGCUCGACGCCGCGAUGCUCAAGAUGGCCGUGCCGGACGACGUCGCGGUCGACUCGGUCGUGUUCGGGCUGCCGCGCGUCGGGAACCAGGCGUGGGCGGACCUCUUCGACUCGCUGUUCCCCACCUUCGCGCACGUCACGAACCAGAACGACCCGGUCCCGAACGUGCCGCCCCACGCGCUCGCGUUCCAGCACCCGUCCGGGGAGCUGCACAUCACCGCCGUCGACGCGGCCUCGGGCGACGCGACGGUGGUCGAGUGCCCGGGCCAGGAGAACGAGAACUGCUCCGCGGGCAACUCGCUCCUCGACACCUCCAUCCCGAACCACCUCGGCCCGUACUUCUCCGGCAUCUCCUUCGGCGGGAAGCAGUGCCCGAAGAACUGA